UUCGCCUUCCUCCGUCUGUUAUAUGAUAAAGAAACGAUCGUCGAGAAGCGCGGAUCGUCUUACAUCAGUCGAUCAACGCAGUGCGCUAAUAGACGUUAUUUCUUGUGGAUUAGCAACAGAACAUUAGCACGUAUCUCCAAGAUGUUUGCAAAAGUCUCUUGGAUUGCUGUGACAAUAAUUAUAGUAUUUUGUGUAUAUAAUUCCGCUCAAAUCUUAUCGGAGGUCUGUUUAGGCUGUUUAUGCGAAGUCAGUACAGGAUGUAACGUCACUAUCGGAUGUUCUAAAUGGAGGGGUGUAUGUGGACCUUUCGAUAUAACACGAGACUAUUGGAUUGAUGCUGGUAGACCAACUCUAAACAAUGAGCCAUACAGCAACAUGAAUGCUUAUGACAGAUGUGCCAACGAUCCCUACUGUGCUGCAAAUGUAGUACAAGCCUUUAUGGCCAAAUUUGGUCGUGACUGCACUGGAGAUGGAGUAGUCGACUGUGAGGAUUAUCUGCGUAUACAUCGACUUGGCGCAAACGGCUGCAGCGGUACACUAAACAUUAACUACGAAAAUAGAUUCAAGUUGUGUUUACAAACCUUCAAAAUGUUUGAUACUACGUAAUAACAGACCAUUAAUUAUUUAUCAUAAUAUAAAUAUGUAGAUAUAUCCAUAAAAACCUAGCUUGUAAUUUUAUCAUAUACAUAUAU